CUUAAAUGGCCCUUUAAGGGCUCCGUACAAGGGGAGCAAAAUCUUAACUUAAAACUCUUAUCACAUCAAUUCGUCAUCAAAACACACAAAAGAGGCAUUUUUAUUAUUUUAUUCAUCAUGUUUAUAAUUAAUACAGAUUAGUAGUUUAGAAGGCCGGAACUCUGAAGCCAAACUGUAGACUUCUUUGUGCGUAAAGUGGUUCACUCCACUCCAGCCGUUAAGCUGGAGGCUCCAGUAAAGCUCUUUAGAUCAGAUCCGACAUUUGUGUUACUGAGUCAUAGCAAAGAUGAGCUUCGGGGAGCGGUACGCAGUGUCAUCCUACCAGAAGAUUUUCGGGGACUCUCCCCGGCUGCCGGCCUCCUCCUCCUCCUCUCGGUUGAGCGGCGGCUCACCCCGCGGCUCCCCGGGGCUCCGGUCCUCCAUGGCCACGGCGCGCAGCGGUGCGCCCUCCCUUAGCCUUUACAGACGGGCCGGGCGCUCCUCCACGCAUUUCGCUCCGGUUCCGAGCGGCUCGCUCGACUUGACCCAAACCUCCGUGGUGAACAACGAAUUUAAAAUCAUUAGAACGAACGAGAAGGAGCAGCUACAGGGUCUGAAUGACCGCUUCGCCACGUUCAUCGAUAAAGUCCGACAGCUGGAGCAGCAGAACAAAGUGUUGGAGACGGAGCUGGUGACUCUGCGACAGAAGCAAAGCGAGCCGUCCCGUGUCGCUCAGCUCUACCAGCAGGAACUGAGAGAGCUGCGCUCACAGCUGGAGGAGAUGAACAGGGAUAAGGGCCACAUCCUGAUCGAGAAGAACAACAUGGAGGACGAGCUGCAGAAAGUCAUUGUAAAAUAUGAGGAGGAGGUGAGGAUUCGGGAGGAAACUGAGCAGACCUUGAGGUCCUUCAAGAAAGAUGUAGACAACGCGGCUGCCAUUCGCUUGGACUUGGAGCGCCGGAUGGAGACUCUGAUGGAUGAAAUCUCUUUCCUCAAGAAGGUGCAUGAAGAGGAAAUUGAGGAGUUGAGCAGCAUGAUAGGGGCACAGGAGGUCCCAGUGGGGCUUGAGCCCGCCAAACCUGACCUCACUUCAGCCUUGAAAGAGAUACGAAACCAGUACGAGUCCAUCGCCUCCAAAAACCUGCAGUCCGCCGAGGAGUGGUACAAGAGCAAGUUUGCGAGCCUGAGCGAGCAGGCCACCAGGAGCACUGAAGCCAUGAGAGCCAGCAGGGAGGAGCUCACAGAGUUCAGGAGACAGCUGCAGUCCAAGACUGUGGAGAUAGAGACCCUGAGAGGCGCCAACGAGUCUCUGGAGAGGCAGAUUGGGGAGAUGGAGGACACACACAAUGCUGAAAUCACUGCCAUGCAGGACACCAUUAAUCACCUAGACAGCGAGCUAAGGAACCUGAAGGGCGAGAUGGCUCAGCAUCUGAGGGAGUAUCAGGACCUGCUCAAUGUCAAGAUGGCUCUUGACAUCGAAAUAGCUGCGUACAGGAAACUGCUGGAGGGGGAGGAGACUCACUUCAACUCUGGAAUGUCAUUUGGGACUGCCAGCUACAAUUACCAACCCCGAGCUUCAGCUGGCCCCUCCAAGAGCAGCAAGAAAGAGAAAGAAGGAGGCACAAAGGAAAGUUUUAAGGAUGUUGGCGAGGAUAAGGAUGAGGCAGACAUCAAUUCCAACUCCUGAGGACAGACAGGGAAAGCAUCAAGACAGAUGUAGUUCAUUUAAUGGAACAAAUUAACUCAAGUGUUUGACAUUAGAUUACUGUUUCACAUAGGAUUGUAGGAAUUGUUGUCCGCUUUUACUUAUUUGUGAACUAUAAUAUAUAGCUAUUAUUUAUUCCUGUGACACAAAGACAGUUUUAGUUUGGGGGACAAAAACCAAAACAACAAAGCCGUACAUUAGAUGUGUGGCCAAAAAAUGAAUUUUAGUUGAAUUUAUUUUUGUGGAAUGAAGUUGGACCUGUACAACCAAUAAAAUCUCCCCUCAUGGGAUAUCCUAUCUGAUCUUAUUUAAUCAAUUAAAAAGUGUAUUAAGUUGGUGUUCAGGUACUUAUAAUAUCAUCACCAAUGUGGAUUUUAUCAAUUCAGUUGAAAAAUAAAAACUAACAUUGAUUUAAA